CUCCAUAGCAGACAGCCCCACUCUGCUCCCACCUCUCAUCUCUCUCCCCCCCCUCCACCCCUAUAUCUCUCUCUCUCUAUAGCAGGCAGCGGCAAUGACGGCGGCGAGCGCGGCGGCGUCCCAGACGAAGAGACUCAUGAAGCUCACUCUCUCUCUCUUCCGCCGGGGCUUCGAGUCCGGCAAAUGCAAGACGGCGGCGAAGAUGACGGUGGCGAGGAUAAAGCUGCUGAGGAACAAGCGGCAGGCGGUGGUAAAGCAGAUGCGCCGCGACAUAGCCCUCCUCCUCCAGUCCGGCCAGGACGCCACCGCUCGUGUCCGGGUGGAGCAUGUGAUAAGGGAACAGAACAUUUUGGCUGCAAAUGAGUUCAUCGAGCUCUUCUGCGAGUUGAUUGUGGCGAGACUUCAGAUCAUCGCAAAGCAAAAGGCAUGUCCAGCAGACCUCAAAGAAGGGAUUUCUAGUCUGAUAUUUGCAGCCCCAAGGUGCUCAGAAAUUCCUGAGCUGGCCACAAUCAGGGAGGUUUUUGGGAAAAAGUACGGAAAAGAUUUCGUGUCAGCUGCUGUUGAUUUGCGGCCUAAUAGCGGUGUUAACAGAAUGCUAAUCGAGAAGCUGUCCGUUAAAACUCCUAGCGGUGAAACAAAGUUGAAAGUAAUGAAGGAAAUAGCCAAGGAGUACCAGAUCGAAUGGGACACAACUGAGUCCGAAAUGGAGCUUCUUAAACCUCCUGAGGAGAAAAUAGAAGGACCAAAAACUUUUGUGAGUGCAUCAAGUCUACCUGUGAACCCCGCAGGAGGUCACUCUGCCAACUCAAUCAAGCAAGCCACAAGUUCUCUUCUCAGAGUUACUGACAGCCAAGAGACGGAGAAUACACUCUUCCAGGAUGCCGCAUCAGCUGCUGAAGUGGCCGCUGAGUCAGCAAAGAAAGCGGUCGCAGCAGCACAAGCUGCAGCAUAUCUUGCAAACAGAGGCUCAGGGAAUGACCCGAAUACUAAUUCUCUGGAGGCGGAAAGAUUCUACAGAAGGCACAGCUAUAAUGUUCCCCCGGCUCACUCAAAUACAAAGGUCGAUGAGUCAGAAAGCUUUGAAGGGUCCGAUUAUAAGGGUAGCGAUGACCUCCUCUCUCACUUGAAUGACCCAAAGAUGUAUAGGAGGCACAGCUACAAUGCCCCUUCUGUGCAUUCCGAUGUUAAGUUUGAUGAAUCGGAUUUUGAGGAUGAGAUUGAGAUGGAUAGGCUUCCACCACCUGUGCCAUCGUCUCAGACUAAGCGGGACCCUGUUCCUCUCGUCCAUCCAAAAUUGCCUGAUUACGAUGAUCUUGCUGCUCGCUUUGAAGCUCUGAAGUAUCGCAAGUGAUUACCUUACAAAAUCGGGCAUCAGCAAUAAAUCCUGGCAAGGAAUCGGACGUCAGCAACAAAAUUUAUGACAGGAUCUAAGAAGCAGUCGCGGAAGCCCCCACAUUUUGGUAUGAAACGAUCCUAGAAUUCUGCCCAAUCAUCAUCAUGUACUGAAGUCAGUUUACGUUCCUGAGGAUUAUGUGUAGUUCUAGUCAUUCUACUGUAAAUCGUAUCUGUAGUAUAUAUACUUCGGAGGGAAAGAUCUAUAUACAGAGCCAUAUUGCUUUACUAAAUAAUGGCAAGAUGAUUUUCCUUUGUUCA